AUGGGAUUAACUUACUGUAAAUCAUUGUUUUCAAAAUCAAAGACGGAAACUUCACCUCCUUAUCAAGUGAAUGGUCAACCAUCUGUAGCACAGCCAGCAAAUGCUGCUGAUUUCCAAAUUUCCACAGUUCAAAAUGCUUUGGAUGAAAGCCAAGAAACAACUCAAACAAUAGCAACCGCAUCUGUCACCCACAAUCGUACCAGUGAUGCAGAAGAAAACAUCGAAAAAAUUGCAUGCAAUGAAACUGUCGUCAUUGUAGGUGGAGGGCCAUGCUCGCAAACGUGCGCUGAGAAUUUACGUCAAAACGGUUUCCUGGGUCGAAUCGUAAUGGUUUGUAAAGAACGAUUCUUGCCCUACGAUCGAUCAAGACUCAGUAAAUUUAUGAACACGACAAUCGAAGAAGCCCAAUUGAGAAAUCAAACAUUUUAUGACGAAAAUAAAAUUGAAGUUCUUUUAAAUGUCAAGGCAACAUCGUUAAAUACUUCAUCUCAUGAAAUAAAUCUAGAUUCAGGAAAAAUAAUUAAAUACAACAAGCUUUUCAUCGCAACGGGAUCACGCCCCAGGAGACCGAAUAUUCCUGGUGUCGAUUUAAAAAAUAUUUUCAACCUACGCGACAUCAAUGAAGCAAAUGAAAUUAAUUUGAAUCUUAAAAAAUCUUCCCGUGUUGUCAUUUUGGGUUCAAGUUUCAUUGCAAUGGAAGCGGCUGCUUAUUGUGUUGAUAAGGUAGCGAAGGUUACAAUCAUUGGACGUGGUUCAGUUCCGCUUGCUGAAGAAUUUGGAGAGUCUAUUGGGAAUCGAAUAAUGAAAAUGUUUGAAUCACAAAAUAUUCAAUUUAUUAUGCACAGCGGGAUCGAUAGCUUUAUGGCAAUUAAUCAAGAGGAAGCAUUAAGUGCCGUGAAAUUAAUCGACGGGCAGAUUCUGAAAGCCGAUUUAUGCAUUUUUGGUAUUGGAUCUGAAUUGAACACAGAAUUCUUGCAUGACAGCGGCUUAACAGUCAACAGCGAUGGAUCGAUUGACACAAAUUCAUAUUUGGAGACAAACAUCCCGAAUAUUUAUGUUGGUGGUGACAUUGCCAACAGUCCCAUCUUCACAAAUCAGAGAUCGACAAUCGGUCAUUAUGCUUUAGCUCAAUAUCAUGGGAAAAUUGCUGCACUCAACAUGAUUGGAAUGAAGACCGAACUCAAAGCUGUUCCGUAUUUCUUCACAGUUAUGUUCGGGAAAUGCAUUACUUACACUGGUCAUGGAUCUCCAUCAGAAAUCUUCAUUGAAGGAGAUUUGGAGUCAAUGAAAUUCGUUGCAUUUUACUUUGAUGAAGCUGAGAAUGUUAUCGGCAUGGCAUCAUCUCAACCAGAUAAAAGCAUCGCUGAAUUUGCAGAAAAACUUUCACAAGGACAACGUUUUGUUAAAAAUGAUUUAUCAAAACUUUUUGACAUAGACUUUUAUGAAGACAUCAAGAAAAGCGACGUUUCGAAGGAAGAAGAAAUUGAAAAGAUUGUCUGUAAUGAGUCGGAACUUGAAGACAACUCAAUGAGAGAAGUUGAGAUGGAAGACGAGAAGAAAAUUCUGUUGAUAAAACAAAAUGGAAAGAUCUCAGCCAUUGGAGCUAAAUGUGGUCACUACGGUGCACCGCUUGUCAUGGGAGCUCUUGGUGAAGGCAGAGUUCGAUGUCCAUUUCAUGGCGCUUGUUUCAAUAUUGAAACUGGAGAUAUUGAAGAAUUUCCUGGAUUAGAUUCGAUUCCAUGUUUUCAAGUGAAAGUAGAAGAAGGCGUUGUUAAAGUGAGGGCGAAGAAAUCUGAUCUGAAAUCAGAUCGACGAAUUCAGAGGAAAACGUCGAAAGUAAUGAAUUCGAACGAAACAUUUGUCAUUGUCGGUGGUGGGCCAAGUGGUCAGACAUGUGCUGAAACAUUACGUCAAAACGGAUACCAUGGAAGAAUAAUUAUGAUUUGUAAAGAAAACUUUCUCCCAUACGACCGAGUGAGAGUUAGCAAAGCAAUGAAUAAAUCAAUUGACGACAUUCAACUCAGACCCAAAACAUUUUAUGACGACAAUAAAAUUGAAACUUUUUUGAAUACUGAAGCAGUUUCACUUAACGCAUCAAAGAAUGAAAUAACUUUGAGUUCGAACGAUAUUAUGAAAUAUGACAGAAUUUUCAUCGCAACGGGAUCAAGAGCAAGAAAACCGAAUGUUCCUGGCAGCGAACUCAAAAAUAUCUUCACAUUACGCAACAUCAAUGACGCAAAUGAAAUUGAGGAAAAACUAACUUCAAAGAGCCAUGUUGUAAUACUUGGGUCAAGUUUUAUUGGAAUGGAAUCUGCCGCGUAUUGUGCUGAUAAGGUAGCGAAGGUCACGAUUAUUGGAAAACACGAAGUGCCAUUAAAAGAACUUUUUGGUGAGGCUAUCGGAAAACGAAUCAUGAAGCUUUUUGAAUCGAAAAAUGUCGAAUUUCUUAUGAGAAAGAAGAUUAAAGCCUUUGUUGGAAUUGAGAACCUUGUCGGUGUUGAAUUAACGGAUGGGUCAAAAAUAUCGGCUGAUAUUUGCAUUAUGGGAAUUGGAUCUGAAUUGAACACAGAAUUCUUGCAUGACAGCGGCUUAACAGUCAACAGCGAUGGAUCGAUUGACACAAAUUCAUAUUUGGAGACAAACAUCCCGAAUAUUUAUGUUGGUGGUGACAUUGCCAACAGUCCCAUCUUCACAAAUCAGAGAUCGACAAUCGGUCAUUAUGCUUUAGCUCAAUAUCAUGGGAAAAUUGCUGCACUCAACAUGAUUGGAAUGAAGACCGAACUCAAAGCUGUUCCGUAUUUCUUCACAGUUAUGUUCGGGAAAUGCAUUACUUACACUGGUCAUGGAUCUCCAUCAGAAAUCUUCAUUGAAGGAGAUUUGGAGUCAAUGAAAUUCGUUGCAUUUUACUUUGAUGAAGCUGAGAAUGUUAUCGGCAUGGCAUCAUGUCAACCAGAUAAAAGCAUCGCUGAAUUUGCAGAAAAACUGACUCAAGGUUAUAAAUUUCAUAAAAAUGAUAUCGAGUGGGUGAAUGAAAACU